AGCCCCCGACUGCCUAAACCACGCCCACAUAGACCCAGACUGCCUAAACCCCGCCCACACAGCCCCCGACUGCCUAAACCCCGCCCACACAGCCCCUGACUGCCUAAACCCCGCCCACACAGCCCCCGACUGUCUAAACCCCGCCCACACAGCCCCCGACUGCCUAAACCCCGCCCAUGCAGCUAAAACAUCGCCCACAUGACCGACCACACCCACCGGCCACAGACGCCAAAAGUUGACCAACCAUGAGGGACCAACCGGAUCUGCUGCUGGAAUCACCACACUGAGCUGUUGGCCAAUCACAACGCAGCUCUGACCUAUCAGCCAAUCACAAUACAGCUCUGACCUAUCAGCCAAUCAUGAUGCAGUCCCGAGCUGUCAGCCAAUCACAACGCAGCUCUGAGCUGUCAGCCAAUCAUGAUGCAAUUCCGAGCUGUCAGCCAAUCACAACACAGCUCUGAGCUGUCAGCCAACCCCCCCCCACCCCACCCCACCCCACACACACACACACACACACACACACACACACACACACACACACACCCACACACACACACACACACACAUACCAGCUGUGUUACUGCUUCACUGUGCUGCACACACAACGCUGUGCUUUACUCAGAUUACUUCAGGGCUUCAUUACAUUCUUCUUCUUCUUCUUCUUCUUCUUCUUCUUCUUCUUCUUCUUCUUCUUCUGUUGUGCAGAGUUUAGCCUUCAGUCUUCCUUUUAUAUUUUAUAGUUUAUAGCUCAUUACAUUCUUCUUCUCUCCUGGAAAAAAAAAACUUGAAUGAACCAUCGGCCUUCCUGUGUCACCCAGAGCCGCCAUGUUGGCUCCACAGUCCGGCUCCAGUGCUGUCACUAUAGUAACACGUUACCAUGGUGACGCUCUGGAGGCCUGAGGCGGCUCUGGUCACCUGUGAGCUGAACUGAUGGGCUUGAAUCCAUCAACAGUUUGCACUCGGCUUCUGCUAUGCACUCAAAACUGGAGCGCUUUACUAUAGCCUUUAUUAUAGCCUUUAUUAUAGAGUUUACUAUAGACUUUACUAUAGAGUUUACUAAAAUCCUCAGCUGCUGCUUUUCUCUGAAUGUCUCCAGAAUGUUCUGACUGUUGUUGACGCCGCCAUGUUGGCUCCCAGCAGGCAGGCUGUGUGAAGCCCCGCCCUCUCACCUCAGUCCACUCACAUUGAUUUUGAGCAACAUGCUGAAUUAGGGAUCGACCAAUCAUCUGUCACCGCCGAUUACUAGGGCCAAUAGUCAGAAUUUUUCCGUAAUCGGUAGCACACUUCAGUCGACUCCGCCUCUCCAUCACCUGCAGGCUCCGCCUCUCCAUCACCUGCAGGCUCCGCCUCUCCAUCUGAAACAUUAAGAACAGAUGAAAUCUGAUCUAACGUAUAUUUUCAUCAUUAUUAAUCAUUAUAAAUCAUAUUGAUCAUUAUGAAUAAAGUUUUCUAAUUUUCUUUUUUCAGUUCUAAAACUAAAUUUUUUACUUCAAGUGAAUAUUGGCCCUAAGUAUUGGUUAUCAGUGUCCUGGAUCAUUAACAAUGAGUUUCUCUCCUGAACAAUCAAUCAGCUCGAUGAGUCUCAGGUUAAUCUGCUCUGUGAUUGGCUCAGUCAGGCGGCAGGACGUCCUCCAACAUGGCGGUGACUCUGGUCUGGUCCAAGUGCCUUCCUGGUGAAACUGGAGCUCAGGGGCCAACAUGGCGGCGUCAGCAGCGAUGUCACUGCAGUUUUUCACACGCGAUGCUCAGCUCUGGGACGAGCCCUCGGUCAGCAGGUUCCCACGCCUCCUGGGAAACACCUGGAAAUUCAUAAACUAGAUUUCCAGUCAUGGAAAAAAUACCUGGAAAAUUAAAAAAAACUGAUAAAAUGUCUUGGAAAUAUUUGAAAAAUUAUGAAAUUUGGCUGAGAUUUCAUGGUCAAAUGUUACUAGUGCGACUUGUUUUUCACAUGCUCACAACAUUUGACACAUCAGUUUCACUCAGUUUGGAAACAUCUGGUCAGCUGACACUUUACGGCUCAGUGAAAACAUCCUGGAAAAUCAUUUCUUUGAGAGAGUGGGAGGCCUGAUCCAGACCUGAGGUGCAGGCUCGGCGCUGAGAGGCUGUAGAAGUCACUUUGUGAAGGAGUGUGUGUGGAGUGUGUGUGGAGUGUGUAUCAGGUAAAAAAACAAAAUGUAAUUUUCUGAAAGGGAAAUAAAGUGUUUUCUGAUCUGAGGUCAGCCUCUGUCUGUUGACAUCAGUUUGAUCAAACUGCAGGUUUUUGUCCCUGCAGGGCUGCCGUCAUCAUCAGAGGAGCAGCUUCACAUGUUACAGCUUCUGCAUGCGCGCGCACACACACACACACACACACACACACACAGACACACACACACGUAUUAUCUGGGAUCAGCUGUGUUCUGUCACUGCUCCAAUAAACAGAUCUGCAAACUGA